GUUAGUUGUAUAGAAAGUUGUUUUGUUUUGCGGGUUGAACAGAGUGUGAGCUAAUUAAGUUGGAGCAAUGACAAAGGUAUACCCAAACGCAGCCCGUGCAUGUGUCACGUGGGAGAGGCAAAAGGCAUCCACAGAUGGCGUGGUCCUUACAGUGUGGAACAAGUCUCUGUUACCAAACUGCAAUGGAUUCACCGUCUUCGAUAGCCAUGGGAAUCUGGUUUUUAGGGUUGAUAACUAUAUUGCAGCAAAUAAGGAUGAGAUACUUCUCAUGGACGCUGCCGGCAUACCUCUCCUCACCAUCCGCCGCAAGAUUCAGAGGUUGAGUUUGGUAGACAAUUGGCUUGUCUUUGAAGGAGAGGGAGAGGCCGAGGCCUCCAUCAAACCCCUUUUUAGAGCGAGGAAGCACGUCAACAUCCUCAACACCAAGUGUUUGGCACACGUGCUCAGCGACGAUGAUCAUAAGAAAAAUGGAAUAGCGUAUGAGAUCGAGGGGUCAUACGCAAAACGUUGUUGCACGUUUUACGACAAUAAGAGGAGAAAGGUUGCAGAGAUAAAGAGGAAAGAGGCUGCUGUGGCAGGAGGGGUAGCUUUUGGUGCAGAUGUUUUCCGUCUGAUCAUAGAGCCUGACAUGGACACCACUCUCGCUAUGGCCUUUGUCAUCCUCCUUGAUCAGAUGUUUGGAUCAGGAUCUUCCUCUCGUUGACUGAUUAAUCCUCAUCAAUCAAUAUAUAGCUUUUCAGUUUCUUCGCUUUCUGUGUUUUCGGUUAAGGUCAAAUCCAUGCAACAGAUCAUGAGCAAACAACAAUAUGCAGCAGCUAAAAUCAUUGAGCUUGGUUUUUUCAUUUUAUAUAAAAUUCCAAGCACCAAUCGAGGAUGUAAAUACAUACUCUUUAUUAUAAAAUGAAAUAUAGAAGAAUAAAGAAAAGAUAUGUAUAUUGAUUUCUUCCUGUUAUGAAAUCAAAGCUAGUGGAUGACUUUUUUAUUUUAUUUCUCAUCACUUAAUUGUUUUAAGUUAUUUGGGUUGAAAUAAUUUUUUAGCUAGUAUCAUUAUUUU